UGCUGGCCCUGCCCUCACCCCUUUCCCCCGGCUUUGGCAGGAGACUGCGGCGAGCUGAGGUCCUGCGAGACAUGCACGGCCAGCACCGCCUCGCACAACGUCACCGGCUGCGUCUGGGUGGGCUGCGGGACCCCCGAGGAGCCAGAGACGGGGAGCUGCGUGCAGAGAGGGGCGGCAGCGCGGGAGACCUGCGCGCUCUACAACACCAGCACCCUGUGUCGAGGAUUGCCAACAGCACCCAUAACCCCCGCACCCCGUUUUCCCCUGCCGUUAGGGACCACCACCACCAGCACCCCGUUGACGGGCAGCCCCGAAUUUCACCCGCCCGGCUUUGACACGGCCAGCUUCAUCGGCGGUAUCGUGCUGGUGCUGAGCGUCCAAGCCGUGGUCUUCUUCAUCAUCAAGUUCAUCAAGUCGAAGGACAGCACCUACCAAACGCUGUAA